AGUUUUAUUUCCUCGUUUUAGUUGUUGAGUUGGUGCGGCGAACGAGUGGUUACCAGGGGGGUAUGUUCGCGGCUCAACAAAACCCUCCCCCAGAUCCAUGCUACGAGGAGAUGUCCGAAUCCAGGCGGUGCAUUCCAGAUUUCGUGAAUGCCGCAUUCGGAAAAGAAGUGAAAGCCUCCAGCGAGUGCGGGACACCGGCCAGCCGGUACUGCACCACCUCCACCGACGAGAAGGGAGAGGUGACCCGGAAUUGCCAGAUAUGCGACGCCAGCAAUUCCAAGCGGGCCCACCCCACAGCCUACCUGACAGAUCUCAACAAUCCGAACAACGUGACAUGCUGGAUGUCAGAACCCUUCUCUCAGUCCCUUCACAACGUCUCCCUCACCCUCUCCCUGGGGAAGAAGUACGAGCUCACCUACAUCAGCUUACAGUUCUGCAAUCAGAAACCAGAUUCUCUCGCACUGUAUAAGAGUAUGGAUUACGGUAAGACAUGGCAUCCCUUCCAGUUCUACUCGAGCCAGUGCAGGAAAAUGUACAACAGGCAAAACAGAGCUGUCAUCACGAAGGCCAACGAGCAGGAAGCUCUCUGCACCGAUGCACAGUCCAACGUCGAUCCACCGAUCACCGGUGCACGAAUAGCCUUCAGCACACUGGAGGGCAGGCCAUCGGCCUACGAUUUCGACAACAGUCCGGUGCUGCAGGACUGGGUAACGGCGACGGACAUCAAGGUGGUCUUCAACAGGCUGGUAGGGUGGAUGGCCGAGCUGGGCAGCGAUAACGAGUCCCUGAGCCAGAGAGACACUUACUUUUACGCCGUGUCUGACUUUGCUGUGGGAGGACGAUGCAAGUGCAACGGUCACGCGUCCCGUUGCAUCCACAACAGAGAGGGUUUACUGGUGUGCGAUUGCAAGCACAACACGGCCGGCCGAGACUGCGAAAAAUGUAAACCGUUCCAUUUUGACCGGCCAUGGGGAAGAGCUACAGCACACGAGGCACACGAAUGUGUCGCUUGUAACUGCAACCGUCACGCACGUCGAUGUCGUUUCAACAUGGAACUGUAUAAACUAUCUGGUCGGACGAGUGGGGGAGUGUGUCUGAAAUGUCGACACAACACUGCUGGUCGACACUGUCACUACUGCAAGGAAGGAUACUACAGGGACAACACAAAAAAAUUCCACGAAUGGUUGACGUUCCCAAGAGAGUAACAGGAAGACAAGACAAGUGCGGUGUUUGUCCGUCAGCAAAAAAGAAAGUGAAUCUAAAUAAAUUCUGCAAAAGGGAUUUUGUGAUUCAGGCGACCGUCUUGUCACGUGAGGCGACGGGAAGUUGGGUGAAGUUCACCAUCCACAUCAUGCAAGUUUUCAAGCAGGGUAAUGCCAAAGUUCACAGGGGGACGCAGAUUCUUUGGGUGAGCGUCGAUGACCUCGCGUGCAAGUGUCCCAAAAUAAAAGUCAAGCAAACCUACCUCUUAUUGGGUAAAGACGUGAGACACCCGGAUGAGGCCGGACUCUCGGUGGACAAUAAGAGUAUCGUCAUUGAAUGGAAGGACGAAUGGGCAAGAAGAAUGAGACGAUACCAGCGCAGGCAGAGGAAAGGAAAGUGCUAAAUUUGAUCACCCCCAAAAGAGAGUUCAGUACAAAGUUACAAAUGCUGAAAUAUAUGCAAAUGAUGUCAUGGGUGUUUGUAUUAUGAAAAACAUUUCUUUUUUCAGCAUUUGAAAGGGUUCACCUCACUUUUCUCUAAAUUCCAAAUUUGCUAUUAAAAGUCUAACACAGGCCAUUCA